CGCUACGACAACCGACGUACGACUGAAGAACCCCAAGAGAAUUCCUGUUCAAACGACUAAAAGAUCCGGACUCAAGAUCCAGACUCAAGAUCCAGACUCAAGAUCAAGUAUCAAGGACUGCUAAAAGGUGAGCCAAUAAGAAAAAAGUUCAGACGUUCAAGAGAUCAAGUGCUGAAUCAGAUCAAACGAAGAACAGAACAAAACUGCCAACGCAAGUCCAUUCCGAUAAGUUGAGACUAUUUGACAUCAACCAUAGAGGAAGACAAUAUGGCAGAUAACUGUAGCACCACGCUGCCACUUUUCCCCACGUUUGGAGUGGGUCCAUUUAACCUUACUUCGUUCGGAUCGGCCAAUUUGACGGGAUUCGGUGCGACAAUCUUCAACGUUACCCUCUUACUAAACUUUACGACUGUGUCCAAUCUAUCUAAUCAUUAUGAACUUUCUAAGCAACUGUGGGAGAUAAAGACCGCAUACGUUAACACCACGAACGGUACUAGCGAUAUAUCGGACAUAUUGGACCUUUUGAACCAGGUGACUAAUACGCUAGAAUGCCUUGACAAUGUCAGGGAACACUUAAAGGAAGCGGCUUACACCAUUGCUCUUCCAAUCAUCAUCAUCCUCGGCGUGAUUAGCGUGUUGGGGAUUGCAGGAAACACAAUUGUUCUUGUUGUAUAUAAGAGAGAGAAGCGUGUCUGCAGCAAUGUCUUUAUCCUGACCUUAGCUUUGGUGGAUAUAGCGAUGUGUUUAAUCGCCAUUCCUCUAGAAUUAAACAACUUCCUACAGUGGACAAAGGAGGGAAGUGACUGGUCCUGUAAGUUCAGCGUGUAUUUCGUCCAGACGAGUUUGGUAUGCUCCAUUCUGACUCUGGCUGCGGUAGCCAUGGACAGGUACUUUGCGAUCUGCCGGCCGUUCAGGAAAACUAUGACCGUCAAGAGGGCGAAGCUCACCGCCUUAGGCAUCGUGGUUCUCGGCUUAGUUCUCGACUGUCCCAUCCUGUUCGUGUACGGAGUAGACAAGUUCGUACCUGACCAAAAUGGACAUCAAUUCGGCACGUGUAAGGUCUUGGACCAAUACGCCAACGAAGUCGCCGUGUCAAUUUUCCUCUCAGCAAACUUUGUCGUCUUCGUUGUCUGUUCGGUCGCGAUCGUUGUCUUGUACAUGCUUGUCUUUUGCAAGGUGUUGAACCAUCACAAAAAAGUUCACCCAACAUUGUUCAGAAACGCCUCCGGAAGUAGAGAGACGAACCCUAUCCCGAAAAGCAACUCGAUGCAACUGAGAGAGAGACCAAACGAAAUCACCUCUCAGGUAGAGCCAAACACGGACCAUUCUACACCAAGUGUUGACUUCGAGAAGCAAAAGAAGUGUCGGACUCGGCGAUCACUUAGUGAUCCUGCCAUAACCAACCUUGCAGUUGCCAAAUCACGCCUGAGGACUUUCAGAGCCACAAGAGCUAAGAAGACGAGGCCUGUCAGUCCUGUGGACAGAUCCGAAGACUCCGGACACGAGACGGACGGUCAGGAGACGAAGUCAUGUCGGUCCAGCCCUGUCAUGCGGAGUGACGGUGGCUACACCUCGGCGGCAAGCUCGUACCGGCGCCGCCUGGUCACGCGCGCGAGGAGCCGGUACAAAAACCCGCGGAUGUCCUCCCCGCACGUACAGACAGCCAAGAUGCUGGCUCUGGCCACGCUGGUGUUCAUCCUCACCUGGUUACCGCACUGGAUCCUGACUUUCGUGUACUCGGACCCGGCAACUAACUCACCCUUCAUCAGCCAAGCUGCACAGGCAAUCUUUCUCGUCCUGGACAGACUGUAUCUCCUCAACAGCGUCCUCAAUCCAGUUAUAUACAGUUUCGCUAGUCGGAGCUUCCGUAUCGCGCUGAAAAACACGGUGAUGUGUAAAAGACAGCGUCAUCAGUGGCAGCGAUAGACGACACAGAACU